AUGGGUGAACUUGACGUUGCUUCCGUUGUGGCAUCGAUUCUAGCCGCUCUGAAUAACGGCAUCCUUAUAUUCCAACGUCUGGGUAAGAAGAAACGGAAGACCAAUGCGAGGCCACCAAGGCCGUUCGAAGAAGAGGAAUGGCAAGAACACUCCCUCGCGAACCGACCCUCGGAGAUCAGGCAUAGUUACAGCCAUCAUGUCUCCAGACAUGGUCGUCGAUUCGAGGUCGGCGACGAUACUGCUCAUUUCAGCCUCGCCCACACUCUGCUCGUCCUUAAUACUGGCUUGGUCAAUUUUCUCAAUCAUGCCCUGUCCAAGGAUUCCAAAUCAAGAUCCACCUCUCGGAAGGCUCUGUUCACGCUUUCUGAGACCGCAACCAUGGAAACCUUAACCACGCUGGGGCAAUUGAGCUCUCGUCUCAGUUUAAAUUACCCCACGGAAGCUAGACUUGGCCUUUCGGAAGACGAGGCCACUAAGCAUCACAGAAGAAAGAAGCGACACAUCAAAGCUCCGACAUCGACCCCGAGCAGACCACGUUCCUCUCCUUUACUGGCAAAUGGAGGAUGGGUAAGAUCAAAAAGUGGGUCAUCCGUGGUCUCUAGAGCUGAGGCAAAGCGAACGAGAAAUGUUGCGGAAGAGUCGAAUUCGAGGAACAAGUCAACUCCGACUCUGCUGAAAGCAUCAAUGUCUCAGACCAAUAUUCGUAGAUCCACACGAGAAGGGAACCCAAAAGACGGAGAUUCUCAUCGUCCGGGCAGGAAAGCGUCAGAGGAAGAUUCUCAUCUUCAUAAACUGGCCAUUGGGCUGGUUCCCUCGUCUGAAUCUCUCGGGCAUCAUCUACAGCGAGGAGAAAAGUCGAAUCGCCUACAGAAGGAACCACAUAUAAGACCCCGCUCCACAACCAAGAUACGUCCCGUAUCCACAGCGACAUUCUUGACGACAAGCACGAAAAUUGGUGAAAUACCCGAGUCCAAGUGGCAUGAUAGAGUCCUCUCGCCUGAGGAACUGACAUCACGAAAACUCCCGUAUGUCGUACCGCCUCCACUGGACACGGGAGAACCAAAAAGGAAGAAUAAAGGAUUUAAGUUCUGGAAAAGAGGUGAGAAAGAACAGGAGAUUCCCUCGUAUUAG